AGAUGUGGGAGAUCGAUCGGUAGCGCAUGGCGCCACGUGGACAGUACCAAUUCAAAAUGCGAGAGAGCGAAUCCGGCGAAGGCGCUGGCCGGCAAAUCGGAAGGGGGCACGUCCCGAAGUCCAAAAUGUUGCGCGGGGCUCACGGAUCGGAGGGCGAGAUGGGGGGUGAGGGGGGACAGGACGUGUCGCCCAUGGAUGUACCUUCUACGGCCACGCCAACGCUCAGGUUCGGGAGAGAUGGUGUCAGCAGGGAGCGGAUGAUUGCACUGGCCAACCUUGGUCUUCUAGGGACUCCACGUGGCAACAGGAGCGGAACCGUGCGUUCUCAAGGGAUUGUCACCAACGACACGAUACCGCAAAGACCUGUCCGUUCAACGUCAACGAUCGUUUCCGUUGUCGAACGCACGGCUAAAGGACAAGUCUCUGUGUCCCCCUUGUGCCAUGUGGAUCCGUCGAACACGUUGAUGGCCGGGGGGUCGUCGAGGGUUGUCGCACCUUCCGCACAAGCAGGAAGCCCCAGUGUCCAUGCCACCGCCACUGCUGCGGGAGAAAGGCGAGAAGAUCGGAGGGCCGAAGAGGUGGGGAGGAAAGAGGAGAGGAGGGAUGAGAUUCUGCGGCCAGACUGCGAGGACGACGACUCUCAGAACUUAAGGAAGAAACGAACGCGUUAGGAGGAAGAGUUGGAGGCAAAAUCCAAGC